AAGAAUCGAUCAAACAUUGUUGCCAGCCUAAAGUCUGCAUUGAGGAAAUGAAACAGACCUUUUUAGGACAAACUCCAAACAGUUGAGAUUAACCGGACGUGUAAUUUAUAAAAAGAUGCCAGCGAAGAAGAAAAAAGGAAAAUCUUCGAAAUUGGCUCGAAUGAGCGAUGAAGAGCGAGCUCGUUAUUUACAACAUCGAGCAGAAAUUGAAUUGGAAGCAAAGAGAAGAAAACAGCAACUAAUUGCAGUUUUUACAAAGAAUAAAUUAAAACGUGAAGACGCAUUUUCGAGAAUAAAUACUGCGAAGAUCAACGAACAAUGGAGAUGUAUUCUGAGGAAAAUUAAAUGUAGAGAAUUAUAUCAAGAAGUUGAAUAUUUGUGGACAAAUUUUUCUCGUGCCUUAAAAGCUAAGGAUGAAGUUAUUAAUAAAUUGUGUGAAAAUCUUGAAGUAGCUGAUCUUGAUCAUAGAAGAUUGCAAGAAGCUCAUAUGGACAUAAUUGAUACAUUAAUUGGAAGAAGUGGUCAACGACUCGAAUUUCUCCGAAAUAUUUAUCUCCAAUCUCUAGAAAAAAUAGAAAACGUCGACAAACUUGAAUUCCAGAAACUAAAAGAAUUAAUGCGGGAAGAUAUGAGAAAUUUAGAAAGGAUAAUUUUUUCUCAAAACAAUUGGAUACAACAAAUAAUAACAGAAACGAAAACUCGGAAUGCAAUCAGCACAUACAGUAUAGAAUAUUCAAAAAACGAGGACAUGGCAGAAAUAAGAAAGCAGGCAGAGUCCAUAAUGGACAUUCGAAGUUUGGAGCUCCAAAAAGUGAUUUUUGAUUAUGAAUCUUCAACGGAGACGAAAAGAAAACAAUAUGAAUACUUGAAAGAACAAGAUGAUGCAAAUAGCUUAGAGGCUGCACAAUUUCCAAAACUACACUCACAAUUGUCAGAAACUGUGGAAAAUUUGAAAAACGAGAUUCAUAAUUUGAAAAGAGAGAGGGAAGAAAGUAUUUCCGAAUUAAAAAGUCAGAUGGAGAGAUUAUCGACAAGAAUUUGGAAAUUGAGACAGGAAAUAACAUUGAUGCAGACGAUUGAUGCUUUGCAGUUGAAGAAAUUAAGUGCCAGGAGUGGAGAAGUUAUUAAGAAAUUGGGAGAAACAUUGGAAAAGAGUUCGACUAUUCAAUUUUUGAUCAAACUUUGCGCAGACUUGGAACCGCCUUUGCUUAUCAAAAAAUAUUCAGUAAAGGAUGCAGAGGCUGCAAAUGAAAUAGCAACGAAAGGCAUUGUUGAUCUCUACGACAAAAUGGAAAACUUUUGGCAGCAAGUUAACCAUGUGAAUGCCGAAAACAUUUUAAUGAAGCGGGAACGAGCUCGUUUGAGAUCAGAAAACAACCUCCUCAAAAAUAAACUUCGGACAUACCUAUUCUCUGUUUCAAGAAAAAUCCCCUUGAUCUAA